AUGCACGAUUUAGUGCAUGACUUUGCUCAGUUCUUAUGUAAGAAUGAAUGUCUCCAUAUGGAAGUUGGUGGUAGUAAAGAGCCAAUCAUAAACUCUUGUAAUCAUGAGAAAGUUUGUCAUGUGAUGACAACAAUUUAUAGAGAGGAUCUAUUUCCUGAUUCCAUUUUUAGUUUGAGAAGGAUGCGAAGUUUAUUAUGUUGUUCUAGCUAUCCUUGGGGUAUAUUGCCUCCUAAUAUGUUAUCAAAAUUAUUUGGUGAAUUGACAUGUUUAAGGGCAUUAAGUAUGAAUGAAUAUUAUGUGAUUGAAGAGAUUCCUAAAGAGGUAGGAAAAUUAAUACAUUUGAGAUAUCUUAAUUUGAGGGGCUUAAAGAAAAGAAAACUUCCUGAAGCAUUAUGUUUUCAAUUAGAAGAAUUACCUCAAGGGAUGGAAAAGUUAAUAAACCUAAGGCACCUACAAAAUUAUAACACCAAUUCACUAAGAUACAUCCCAAAAGGAAUUCGAAGAUUGAGUAAUCUCCAAACCUUAAGUUAUUUCGUGGUAAGUGGUGAUAAUGAUGAGAAAGCAUGUAGUCUUGAAGGUUUGAAAUACUUUAACCUCUAUGGAAAGUUGUUUAUAAAAAGGUUGGGAAAUGUAUUAGAUGUUAAUGAGGUUAAAACAUCACCGCUUAAGAAUCAUGAAAACCUCGUUGAUUUGAGUCUUGAAUUUGAAAAAGAUGUUGAUGGAAGAGAGAGGACAAAUGAGGGGGAUGAAGCACUUUUUGACAUCCUACAACCAUCUUUAAAUUUGGAGAAAUUACAAAUAUGGAGGUGCAAAGGCAACACUAUUUUGCCCAACUGGAUGAUGUCCUUAACCAAGCUUAGGCACUUAACACUUGAUGGUUGCAGUAACUGUAAGCAUUUGCCUCCCUUGGGAGAAUUGCCAUCCCUUGAAUGCUUAGAUAUUAGUUUUAUGCGUAGUUUGAAAAGUGAGUAA